ACAAAACGCUGUUGACCCACUAUAUUGCCUCAGUUCUACGAGGAAACGAGUCAGAAACCUCUGCCACCUCGUAGUCUCUUACAAGCUCCUUCACCCACUCAAACUUGGCGUACUCGAACGGAGCCCCUUCCAAAACCCUAACCACUCUAAAGCCCAAUCUUGAGCCCGAACUGCAACAUUCCCCUUCGGCGUCGCCUUCAGAAUCUCCCCCGCUAGAUCCAAUGUCGUUCUUCCACGGUCAUCCGCCACCUCAGGAAGGGUUUGCCUUUGCUCACUAUACAACAGGCAAGGCUCCUUACCAUUUGCGUGUUCAUGUUGCUGCUGAUAGGAAAUGGCGUACCCUGAAAUUUCAGUUUUUUGUCACCAAAGACAUUCUGUUUAUUUUUCUGUCUGUUCAACUUGUAGGUGAUUUGUUUCUAUUUGUCUAGCUAUGUAUAUACUUGUCCAUUUGUACUUUGUGAGUGCGUAUAGCUAAUCUGAUUCAACCCCUUCAAUGCUUAUGCAGGUCAUUGCAUCACUAACAUAUUUGGUUUAUUUAAUUGAUGAUUAUCUACAAUAUUGGCUUCGUCUUCUCUGGGGUUUUGAUAGUGAAAUGCGCUUUUACUACAUAUGUGGAGCUCUAUUAUUUUUCACACUACUUGGCUUAUCUGGGUGCUUCAUUACUUGUUAUGAACGAAGAGUUCGCAAUGAUUUAGCUCAACCUUGUAGAGAGUUAUGUCUUUGUUGCUGUCAACCUGGAGUUUGUGCAGACUGUCAUUUGCCUGACACUCUUUGUAUGUGGACUGAUUGCACCACUUGCUUUGGGAGUUGUGGAACCAUGGCAACUGAAUGUGCUGGCUGUUUGGGGGGUGCUGGUGAAGCAGGGCUACCAUUACUCAUAUUGCCGAGUAUGUUUUUGGAGUUGUAAUUAGGAUGGGAUUAGUUGACAAGAAGUGUUGGUCUCUCGACAAACAUACACUAUUAUCAGCAUUUUAUGAAAAUUAAAUUUUACCAAUCUAACUUGGAUGAAAGUUUUAAGGCUUAAUACCCUUGAUGGUCCCUAUUUUUGUCA